CUCUGACCUGAAAGACACCCUUGGACACCAUGCGGGGGGCUCUGGUGCCCUUGCCACCUCUGCUACUGCUGUUGCUAGGGUGCAGGCCUCGGACAGCCACUGGAGGAGGUGCCGGUGGGGCAGCGGGCUACGCUCCUGUGAAGUACAUACAGCCCAUGCUCAAGGGGCCUGUGGGCCCCCCCUUCCGCGAGGGCAAGGGCCAGUACCUGGAAAUGCCCCUACCAAUGCUGCCAAUGGACCUGAAAGGAGAACCAGGCCCCCCUGGAAAGCCUGGCCCCCGGGGACCCCCUGGUCCACCUGGCUUCCCAGGAAAACCAGGCACAGGAAAGCCGGGGCUACAUGGGCAGCCGGGCCCCGCCGGGCCCCCUGGCUUCUCCAGGGCAGGCAAGGCUGGUUCCCCAGGGCUUCCAGGCAAGAUUGGCCCACCAGGACAGCCGGGGCUGCGGGGGGAGCCGGGGAGUCGAGGGGACCAGGGCCUCCGAGGACCCCCAGGGCCUCCUGGCCUUCCUGGGCCCUCUGGCAUUGCUGUCCCCGGAAAACCAGGCCCUCAGGGAGUACCAGGGCCCCCUGGAUUUGGAGGGGAGCCGGGGCCCCAGGGGGAACCUGGGCCCCCAGGGGAUCGAGGCCUUAAGGGGGAUCAGGGGGUGGGCCAGCCAGGGCUGCCUGGGGCCCCAGGGCAGGGGGGUGCCCCUGGUCCACCUGGUCUCCCUGGCCCAGCUGGCUUGGGUAGACCAGGCCUGGAUGGGCUUCCUGGGGCCCCUGGAGACAAGGGUGAGUUUGGGCCCCCUGGGGUGCCCGGGCCCAGGGGGGAGCCAGGAGCUUUGGGCCCCAAAGGGUCCCCUGGAGUAAAUGGACUAGGGGUGCCAGGGGCAGCAGGAGUGCCAGGGCCACAGGGCCCAGUAGGGGCCAAAGGUGAGCCUGGGGCCCGGGGCCUGCCUGGCCUGAUGGGCCCUGCUGGCUACGGGCUGCCUGGGCUGCCCGGCCCGAAGGGAGACAGAGGUCCUGCAGGGGUUCCAGGACUCUUGGGGGACAGGGGGGAGCCAGGAGAGGAUGGGGAGCCCGGGGAGCAGGGUCCACAGGGCCUUGGUGGACCUCCUGGACUUCCAGGCUCAGCAGGGCUUCCUGGGAGACGUGGGGCCCCUGGACCUAAGGGGGAUGCAGGGCCUGGAGGACCCCCAGGAGUGCCUGGCAUUCGAGGUGACCAGGGGUCUAAUGGCCUGUCUGGAAAACCUGGGGUCCCAGGUGAAAGGGGGCUUCCAGGGGCCCAUGGACCCCCUGGACCAGCUGGGCCCAAGGGUGAACCAGGUUUUAUGGGCCGCCCUGGGGGUCCUGGGGUGGCUGGAGCCUUGGGGCAGAAGGGCGACUUGGGGCUCCCUGGGCAGCCAGGCCUCAGGGGUCCCUCAGGUAUCCCAGGACUCCAGGGUCCAGCUGGUCCAAUUGGGCCACAGGGCCUUCCUGGCCUGAAGGGGGAACCAGGCCUGCCAGGGGCCCCUGGAGAGGGGAAAGUGGGCGAACCUGGCAUGACUGGGCCUACAGGGCCUCCUGGGGUCCCUGGUUCUCCAGGACUCACGGGCCCUCCUGGGCCUCCAGGGCCUCCUGGCCCCCCGGGCGCCCCCGGGGCCUUGGAUGAGACUGGCAUCGCAGGCCUGCACCUGCCUGACAGUGGUGUGGAGGGGGCAGUGCUGGGUAAGGGGGCCAAGCCCCAUCCGGGGCUGGGGGAGCUGUCGGCCCAGGCCACACCGGCCUUCACAGCAGUGCUUACCUCUCCCUUCCCCGCCUCGGGCAUGCCGGUGAAGUUCGACCGGACCCUCUACAACGGCCACAGCGGCUACAACCCAGCCACUGGCAUCUUCACCUGCCCGGUGGGCGGCGUCUACUACUUUGCCUACCACGUGCACGUCAAGGGCACCAGUGUGUGGGUGGCGCUGUACAAGAACAACGUGCCAGCCACCUACACCUACGAUGAGUACAAGAAGGGCUACCUGGACCAGGCGUCGGGCGGGGCCGUGUUGCAGCUGCGGCCCAACGACCAGGUCUGGGUGCAGAUGCCCUCGGACCAGGCCAAUGGCCUCUACUCCACUGAGUACAUCCAUUCCUCCUUCUCAGGCUUCUUGCUCUGCCCCACAUAACCCUGGGGGCGCCGCAGCCACCACCACUGCCAUCACCACCUCUGGAGCAGUAGGGAAUUUUCCAGUGACAUCAAACCUCGUUUAAAGAAAACCACCAGACCGAGGCUGGACAGAGGCGCUUUGGUCUUGGUCCAAGGAGACCAAGUUGCUUUCUUCCACCACGUGGCGCAGGGUGGCUGGAGAGGCUGGCUUGCGUCCCUCUCCCCCAGAUGUCCAUGCAAUAUGGGGGAGAGGGAUUGCACCCCAUCCCUGCCCAACCUGGGAGAUCCUGUAUGUCCCUUGGGGGCCCCGGACUUGACUGCAUGGUGAAGAGGCUGCUUUUGUGGCUGAGCUAAAGGGUCUGAGACCCACCUUCCAUCUUCCUGAGCAAAGGUGCCAAGCUACCCUUAGCUCUUGGUUGGGGCUUCUCCAGCAUUCCAGGCUCUCAACAUUGAAGGGGGGUGGGGUCCUGGAAGUCGGUUCCUCCAGAGCAAAAGGAGAGGGGGCUGAGGGAGAUGGGGCCAGGAUUGUGGGGCAAUCCUGUGCCUCCACCCUCCACUACCCUU